GUCUGGUAUGAUUUCAGAUGAGAAUUUCUUUGAUAACUCAAAACUGUCUUGUUUAGACCAUAAAUAAGUGCGAAGCCUACUAGUUAUACCAUCUAUAUCAUUCAUGUCGUUUGCCCCGCCGCCCGGCCCUCCGACUCCUUCCGUCCCUGAAGGAUGGAAGGCUCAGUUUGAUGACCGCUAUAAUCAGUGGUUCUUCGUAAACCUACAAACUGGUCGAUCACAAUGGGAACGCCCCGAAGGACCGAAUCGAACAGAACCAGAAAUACAUGGACCACCGAGCGAGCCGCCACCGUCUUACGAUGCGUCGGGUCCUGCUGAACCCUCUUCACUGGCUGCUGCAGGUGACAAGAAACCUGUUGAUUCGAGGAACCCAUACAAUCCACCAGAAUCUGGGCACCAUAACCUAGAUGAUGAUGCUCGCCUUGCUGCUCAGCUACAGGCAGAGGAGAAUGCCCGAGCUCGUCGCAGGAGCCCGGCGAGCUCCGGCGGUGCUGCGUCUGACUACUACACCGAUGGUUCUCGGAGACGAACUGCCGGAUAUCAGUCAUCGGAACCCCAGUCGCAGAACUCUUCUCCUGGACCGGCUCAGCAGCGCAGCAAAGGGUUCUUCAGCAAGUUAAAAGGAAAAGUCGCAGGUGAUAGCGGCGCGUCAUUCCCUCGGCCGCAGCGACCCGUACCGCAACAGUCUUAUGGCUACCCUCAAGGCGGGUACUACUACGGAGGAGGCGGUGUUGGCGCCGGUUAUGCCCCGCAACAGGCAGGGUAUGGUUAUCCAUCAUAUCCACCACAGGGUAGCUUUUACCCAACCCAACAACAGCCGCAACAGCGACGGCAUGGGAUGGGCACCGCGGGGGCUGCAGCUUUAGGUGUUGGAGGUGGACUUCUAGGUGGCAUGCUGCUCGCUGAUGCUGUGGAAGACAUGUCGCACGAUUACGGUCCUCCCCCAGGUGAUUAUGGGGAUGAUUAUGGGGGUGACUUUGGCGGUGGUGAUGACUUUGGUGAUUUCUAAUGCGCCCCUCUUAUGUUCAGCCCAUCUCAGUUUUGAUGUUUUAUGUGCGAACAGGUUUAGAACUAUUCCCUGGCUGCGCGAGAUGCCCUUAUGAAUAGCUUAUGUGUUAUGAUGAUGUAUACAGUUUGUCGCUCGUGCAUCUUAGAAUUGUGUGGUCCAGCGCGACAGCCGCUCUUCCCGUCAUUGGCCCCCACGUACGAUGUAUUAUCCACAGCUCGCCUACAACUUCACCUCGCGGAUACUUUGGGUAGAAAUCUCUUGUACUUC